UCCUCAAGGCUGUAGGCGUACACGCCAUAAACCGUCAAAAUUCAACAAAGUUCAAACUGGGCAGCUUGACCUGGCUUAGUAUUUUAUUAUUAACCUGGCUUCUGCGAUCGAUUCUGAAGCAAAACGAAAACAUUACACUUCUAUAACAACCAACCCCUUCUUCUUGUUCUUCAACACAAAGUUAUUCUACCCUUCAUCUUGAUCGAUUCUCAUACAGUAACGUACGUAACUAGCAGUUUCGGAAGGGAAAAAACAAAACUUGGUCGAAAAUGUAUGUGACGAGACCUCUCUCCUUGUACAAAAAGUCUCCUUCUGCUCUAUCGGAGCCUCCUCCUGAGGGCCCGAGCUCUGGGAUUAUCGUCGUUCAAGAUGAGGAAGCCCAGCCCAAAUGUUGUUUUGGUCUAAAGAAGAGCGACAGGAUUAGGAGACUUCCUCUUCCUCAGAACAAAAAGCUUGAAAUUUAUUACGUCCAAGGCUUCGCUCGCGACAGAGAUCUCCAUUUUCACAGUGUCUGGUUCAUUCCAGUUCUUGGUCAGCCAUUGUCGUCUAACAAAUACUAUGUUGUACAUCCAUUUGGGAAAGACAGAGGGGAAGCUUUCACAUGCUGCAAAGAAGAUGAGUUGGAAGCCUUCUGCUUUUACGAAUACGCUCCAGAGACUCAACCACAGCAGUUGGAUCCCCAUAAUGCGUUUCAGCAAAUGGAACUUUCUCUCCAUCAAAGAUAUCUGACUCCUUGGGGUAGUGAAAAAUUCAAAGUAAAAUCCGUAGCCCCAGAUGGGUUUGCUCCAGGAUUCUUGGGUAGAAAGGGUGGUUGGAAACUCACGUUCUCAGACUCACCUUGGUUCGAGCUAGGCCAAGCAGAUGGUGUAGAUGCAGCACUCAGAGCCCGUCAUCCUGAUUUCAACUUCCCAUUGGCCAAUAAGAAAUCCGAACCUGUGGUUGUAGGAAAAUGGUAUUGCCCGUUUGUGUUUAUCAAGGAAGGAACUCCCAAAACGAUGAAAGACGAGAUGAGGAACUACAUGUUCUAUGAGAUGACACUUGAACAAAACUGGAAACUGAUAUAUGAAAAGGAAUAUAAUAACUAUGGAGGGGGGAGUUCUGUGGUUGUGGAUGCUGUUGUUCAUAAUGAAAAGGUAGUGGUUGGAGGUGAGGAAGCUGUGGUUGAUGACAAGUUUGUAGCUGAUGGGGUUUUGUGGUUUAGAAGUAUGAAUUGUGAUGAAGAAGAGACUAGUGUUGGGUUGAAUUUAGCUGUUGUUGAGAGAAUAAAAUGGGAGCAAGAAAGGGUUGGAUGGGUUAAGGGGAAAGAAAAGGAAAUGAGAGUGCAGAGGACGGAGGAAUGUGGAGGAUCAUUGGGUUGGAAGAGAUUUGGGUGUUAUGUUUUGAUUGAGAGGUUUGUUUUGAAAAGAAUGGAUGGAAGCAUAGCACUUAGCCAUGAGUUCAGGCACUCUCAUGAGAUUAGGACCAAAUGGGAAUGAUUAAGGUAGAGAUUUGGAUGUUAAUGUUAUCUGUUGUGUUGAUACAAGUGUUUUGCUUUUUCUGCGUGCUUAAGUAUAUUUUUUUACACUACUGCAAGAAAAAUUAGUGUAUUCUUUGUGUGUUAUUAUUGUUUAGUAAUUUGGCUGCAAUAUUGUUGAUUGAAAUUUUUUCAGUUUCUUUAGAUUGUAGAUACAAAUUUUUUGUAAGUGUAUUGAUGAUGAAUAUUAGAAGAUGGCUUAGUCUUCUUUCA